UUUGGGAAAAAAAGCACCACUAGCAAGGCUCACCCACCACCGAAUUCAAUUGAAUGCUUACCAUUGCUGCCCACUGGCACAAUUUACUCCCUCCCCUUUAUUUCACUGGCUCACUCCCAUUAUGUAGCCCACAGCUUCCCAUUCCGCUCCUUGCUUCUUCUUCACCAUCGUUUCUCUGCCGUCUGUGGCCAAAUACCCAAAUGGGUGGUGACGGAAAGAUCUUCACCUUGGCGGAAGUUUCUCAGCACAACACCCCCAAGGACUGUUGGUUGAUCAUCAAUGGCAAGGUUUAUAAUGUAACCGAGUUCUUGGAGGACCAUCCCGGUGGCGACGAGGUCCUAUUGUCAGGCACAGGUAAGGAUGCAACUGAUGAUUUUGAAGAUGUGGGUCAUAGUGAUAGUGCAAGAGAAACAAUGAACAAAUACUAUGUUGGGGAGAUCGAUAUCUCAACGAUCCCGGAAAAGAUGACAUACUCAGCUACAAAGCAGCCUCACUACAAUCAGGAUAAGACGACCGAGUUCAUCGUCAAGCUCCUCCAGUUCCUCGUCCCUCUCGCAAUCUUGGGUUUGGCAGUCGGUAUCCGCUUUUACACCAAAUCAACCUGAGGUUCUUCUUGAGAUAUUAGGUGGUUUGAGUCUUGUUGUCAAUUACGAACUGCUGCAUUGUGUUUGUAAAACAAAUUUCUAUUUUUGUUUUCAAGAAUGUUGAUUGUAUGAUUGGUAAAAAUUAGUGUUAUUUUAGUGAUGAAAGUUGUGGGAUGUGGAAAUAUCUGAUGGUGUUGAGAUUAACUAUCAACUUUAGAGAAUAUUAUAGGAGCCUUGUUUACGAUCCA